UUCCUUGUAUAAAUUAUUACAUUACAUUACUCAAAUUCUGUUUUUGUUAUUUUUUUGUUUUUUCCUUUUCUUCUUUCUCUCUUCUUUUUUUUCUCAACUUAAUUAUUCAUUUCAAGUCCUACUUCUGACGUUUUACUAACACGAUCAUGAGUAAACUUUUAUUUGUACGCAACAUUCGUGGCCUAGAUGAACCAUCACUUCGGCAGAUAAUUAAUAGCAAAAAUUUGCCGUGUGGCACCAUUAUGUUCAAGUCCGGUGGAGCAUGUGCCACAGUGGAUUUUAUGGAUCCACCCACAGCCGAGUAUGCAUUGUCAGUAUUGAAUGGUAUGCCACUUAGAGAUAGUACACUUGUAGCAGAACCGUAUAAUGGGCUGCAUAGUCAAAUGAUAAAAAAAGCAAGUAAUACUGCCAAUACUCCGUACACCGUAAACACACACAUGAUAAUGACCCCCAACGACAUGGACCAAAGUCAACAGGCCAACCAAGGAAAUACGCAAGAUUACAACGGUUACGCUUACAACCAAAGCGCUCAGUUUCAACAGAGACAGGCUGUCCAAAGUGCUAACAAGAUAGUGAUCAGCAACGUGCCCAGCAGCGUUCGAGGUGAACAGUUGGAACAGAUAUUAUUGCAGUUCGGCCAAGUAAAAGACAUUGAAAAACUCAGUCAGCGCGAUGGGCCCACACAAGUCAUACAAAUUACAUUCGAGUCUGCCGAACAAGCUCUUAAUGCAUUAGCUAAUUUGCCAGGUUUUGAACUCGAAGGCUGCCAAGUUAAAGUCGAACCAGCCAUGGAAAGACGAGGUCGUGGUACAAUGAGACCACGCCAUGUCCCAUUUGGUGCACCAGGAAGUAGUCCGGGUAUUGGCAAUAGACAAACUGAGUUUCCAUUGCGUAUAUUGGUGCACAGUGAUAUGGUUGGUGCGAUAAUUGGCAGAGGAGGUUCUACUAUUCGACAAAUUACUCAACAAACUAGAGCUAGAGUCGAUGUGCAUAGAAAAGAUAAUGUUGGUUCUUUGGAAAAAGCGAUUACAAUUUAUGGAAAUCCAGAAAACUGUACGAAUGCAUGUCGAAAAAUUUUGGAAGUUAUGCAACAGGAAGCUAAUAAUACUAAUAAAGGAGACGUUAUUCUCAAAAUCUUAGCUCACAAUAAUCUGAUUGGCAGAAUAAUCGGAAAAGAGGGUAACACGAUCAAAAGAAUUAUGUCCGAGACUGAAACAAAAAUUACUGUAUCCAGCAUAAACGAUAUUAACAGUUUCAACUAUGAAAGAAUAAUAACUGUCAAAGGCUCAAUAGAAAAUAUGUCCAAAGCUGAAGCCCAAAUUAGUGCUAAGUUAAGACAAAGCUUUGAAAAUGAUCUGCAAUCUAUGGCUCCACAAACAGUCAUGUUCCCUGGACUUCAUCCAAUGGCCAUGAUGUCAGCAACAGGUAUAACUUAUCCAGGCCGCGGUGGUCCAGCCAGUUAUCAACCAUUUGCUCCCGCACCAUAUCCUCCAAUAUACCCAUCUACCAUUCCGCCAAUCAACCCGGCUCUCGCUGCAGAUGCCCAGGUACAGUACAUCAAAAAUAUAAUUAUAAUUGAAGGUAAUGCUAUCCUGAUUGCAAUAUAUAUAUAUUAUAUAUAUUGUUUUCAUUUUCAGGAAACCGCUUUCUUGUUCAUUCCCAACAGUGCUGUUGGUGCUAUAAUAGGUACUAAGGGUUCGAACAUCAGAAGUAUGAUAAGAUUCAGUGGAGCGUCUGUUAAAGUAGCGUCUACGGAAAAUGAAAAACCUGGAACUCCAGUUGACGCAAAUGGUGCGCAACAAUCUAGUAGAAAAGUGACAAUUGUCGGUACAGCAGAAGCUCAGUGGAAAGCUCAAGGCAUGAUUUUCGACAAGCUGCGAGAUGAAGGUUUUGUUCCGGGAACUGAAGAAGUACGAUUAACUGUAGAAAUAUUGGUGCCAAGCAGUCAAGUAGGUCGUAUUAUUGGUCGAGGCGGAUCAAAUGUUCGAGAAUUGCAAAGAGUCACCGGGUCUAUUAUCAAAUUGCCUACCCAAGGAUCAACAGAUGGCACUGAAGAUACAACGACUGUGCACAUUAUUGGCCACUUUUUGGCGACACAGUCGGCUCAAAGAAGAAUUCGAUCAAUGGUUGCGACCGGAGCUAAUCCAGCUCCGCGUCCGACACGUAACAGCAGACCUACAGAAACACCACAGCAGUGAGUUAAUGACAUUGUCCGUUAGUCCUCGGUGAAUAAAUCUCCUCCACCGACAUUAACGUUAUUAUAACCAAAUUUUAAUAUAGAAAAUAAUGGUCAAUCAUAAGAUGCAUUAUUGUUGUCGGUUUAUUAGCCAAUAGGAUCUAACGGCUGUCUUAACUCAAUUACUUUUAAUAGCUACUGUUGACUUAAUGGUCAAAGGAGGGGAUGUGACUGAUUGCGUGACCAAGAGUACAAACGGUUGUCAGCUAUGGCAAGGUACGAUUUUUGUCCCUUCCUAUAUGUAAUACAAUCGACUCUUUUUAUACAUGAUUAAAGUUAGGGAUUUUUUUUUUUUUUAAUGAAUAAAGAGGGAGACAAAACUUUGAAAAAAUACUUUUUUUUUUCUUAAAUUUAUUUUUGAUAAAUUGUUAAAAGUUAUUUAAUUUUUAAUUUAUUAUUUUUUUUGUUAUUUUUUUUUUAUAUUUAAAAAGUAUAUAUUAUAUAUAUAUUUAUAUAUUUAUAAAAAUUUUAUAAAAAAAAUUAAUAACUAUGUUAGGAUGUGGCCCUCUGUUCCCAGGGGGGGUUACAUAGAAAAAUGGAGAUACUAAAUUUAAAUUAUAAUAAGAACACCCCUCAAAAUUAAUAUCAAAUCAAACUAUCAUUCUUACUUAAUAUACAUCUCCCAAAAAAAUUAAUAUUUAAAUACAACGCAAUCAAUUAAACCAUUUUUUUUUUUUAAUACUCUUCUAGGUUUAAACAUUUAACCUUGCAUAUACAAUUAGCGAUAAUCCAUCCAUCCCCCACUUAAAUAUAAAACGAUGCCACAGUAGCAUUUUAAUAAAAUGGACUAGUAGGAGGUCUAGUUCAUCAAAUAUUUGUUAUUUUAUAUCUAAAAAAUAUAUAUAUAUAUAUAUAUUAUAUAUAUUACAUACAUACAUACAUACAUACAUACAAACAAACAAAAUGUAAUUGUUGACACUUAAAAGGUGGUCUUCAGCCUCUUGUUCUAGACACAGAAACACGUUUAUAUAAACACAUACAUAAAAAAUACUCGCUAACACAUUCUCAAUUUGUAAUGGGCAUUAUUUACAUUAAUUGUUUACAAUAUUGUAAUUCAACUUAACUGUCUGUGACUCUUAAUCAUUGUGAUCCACACCAAUAGGAUAAUAAGAAUGUUUUUAACUCAAAAACACUGCGCAAUAGUUUAUUAUUUUGUUAUAUUAGCAUUAUUAAUUUAAUUACAUAUUAGAACAAGAACGCUCUUAGACUAAGCAACAUCCCCAAUGCGUAAUAACCAAAGAUUCUUAAUACAGUGCACUGGUUAACUGGGGGAUAACUAAACAUACUUACAAUUUUUAUUUUUCCAAUAUUUGUUUACAAUCAUAAUAUCGUGUGAAACACUAAAUUAGAUUAUUACUAUUAACGCAAAUACAUGGGCAUUUAAUAUGUAAAAAAAUAAUACAAAAGAUACGUGGAUUCAGUGGUAAUAAUUUUGAUUCUACAUACUCAUUAUUGAUAAAUAUAAUAUAUACAUAUUAAUAUUAUUGGUAAUUAUUUUCUCAUUUAAAAAAAAGUUUGUAUAACCCUAGUAGUUGUGGCAAUCUAAACCUAUGAUACUAAGUAGUUAACGAUAAUACUAAUAACGUACAAUCGAUAUAAUACAAAUUGAGUUUAAUUAUUAAUAAAUUAUCACUAAAUCCACUAAUCCAAAUUCGUGAAAUUUAUUUUACAUGUUAAAAAAUUUAAUUGGAUUAUUCAAUAUUUAUGUGUAUUUUUACAAUUAUAUUAUUAUAACACCAUUUAUUAUUUGAAUUUUUUUUUGUUAAAAUGAAAUUAAAAAUAAAUUCAUAACAUUUAUUUUUCUUUAACAAUACAAUAUGAUAAAAUUAUAUAACUUAUAGUGCUCGUCUUUUUAGUUUUAUUUUUAUUAUUUAUUAUUAUUAUAUUUUUGAGUGCUUCAAUAUUUUUUAUUAUAGUUAAUAUCAUUUUUGGGCUUUUACUUUGAUGAAAAUAUGUAAUAAUAAUUACUAUUUUUUAUGACAAGAAUGCUUAUACAUAAUUUUUUUUUAAUUUUAUGUUUCAUUAAUAUGUAUAUCUAUUUAUUUUUAAAGCUUUUACUUGUUCCAUUUAGAGUUUUAACUAAAUCAUAUUAACCUGGGUGCCCAAAACGUAAUAAAUUAAUGUUUCAUAGUUGUCGUUAUUAUGGCAAACAAUUAUGUAAUGUUUUUGGCCGAUUAUUCUUUGUAAAAUGAAAGUAGCUUAGAACGUCAUUUAUGGAUCUAGUAUUGAAAUCCUUUCUUAUCCUUAAGUUAUUGAAAUAUCCGACCUUCAGUUGGUUUAUAUAUUGUAAUGAAAUAUGGUUGUGAUGUUUCUUUAAUUUUUAGUUUUCUUUUAACUUGACCAUAGAAAUUUUCAACAGUUUCUGAAAGUUGUGUUUAAAGAACUUAAAAUUCGUUCAAGUCAUGCAAAGAAAAUAAAAAGCAAAAAAAAAACAAAAAUCCAAAAAAAAGUUUAAUAACCAAUAUAUCAUAAUAUACCUAUUACCUAUUAAUAAUAUUUUAUAGACACCCGUAAGCCAUAAAUAAAAUUAACACAAAAUUUAGGAUUAUAUAAUAUUACAUAAUAUAGUAAAUUAUUGUAUGCUUUAUGAUUUAUUUCUUAAAAAAUUAAAACAAAACUUAAUUCAAAAUUUAUCAUAGAAUAGUUUGGUGAAAGGGUUAGUAAAAAUUUUUUUUUAACUACGAGUAAUAAUUUAUGAACUAUAAAUAUAUAAAUAUUUCCAUAACACCACUGGUAGGUAAGCCGACUGUAAGAAGUAAUAAAAAAAUUAAAUAAGUAUAUGAAAUAGUAAAAUGGAACACCGAGAAGAGCUCAAGUAAACGCAGGGGAAAAUAACCAUGACAGCCUCACCCGGACCCGAUAGGAGCAUAAUAAUAUUAUUUUGAUGGUUAUUAAUUUUUUUUAAUUUGGGGGAUGCCGUUAGGGUUUUUUUUUCUACAAUCUGUCCAUCAGCCGUCGAGUGCAGCAUUUUUCCAAUGUGUCGUUUGUAAUAGAAUAUUAUAUUUAAUAUCUGUGCAUGCAUGCAGUCAGGACUAAGAUAAUUAUUUACGUACAUUGCAUUUUGUAUUCAUUAUUAUUAUAUAAAUAUUUAUAUAUAUAUGUAUCGGAGAUAUAUUAUUAUGUAUUCA